AUGGCUUCCACUUGCAGAGUCUCGGUCUCCCUCCUCUCCAUCACACUCUUCUCCUUCCUCAUCUCACCGGCCUCGUCUCAGCACGAGCACCCGCUUGAUCCGUUGACGCCGGAGGAAUUCUCUCUGAUUCGACAUGCGGUGAUGAGGUCGUACGGGGCGUCGAGUGAAAACGUAACGUUUCAUUACGUGGGUCUCGACGAGCCAGAUAAACCGCUCAUUUACUCGUGGAUGUUGAACCAAACUGAUAAGAUACCCCCUCCGCGUCGAGCCUCUGUAGUCUUGCGGUUCCACGAGCAAACACAUGAGCUCAUCGUGGACUUAUCAAGCCAUCGACCAUCGAUCGUCUCCAAGGAGAAUUACAACAUGUCCGACGUUGUGUGCGCAUGUUACACGGUUGGAUGGUACGGAGAGCCGAGAAGCAGGAGGGUCAUGAAGGUCCUAGCUUACUACACCAAUGGCAUGGUCAACUUCUACAUGAGACCCAUCGAAGGCAUAGUCAUGGUGGUCGAUUUGGAACUGAUGAAGAUAGUGAAGUAUCACGACCGGUUCGCGACCACUGUGCCGACGGCUGAGGACACCGAGUACCGUCUGGAGAAGCAAAACCCGCCCUUUGGGCCGCAUCUGAAGGGCACGGCCAUCGUGCAACCCGAUGGACCUGGCUUCGAGAUCAAGGGACAUACUAUCAGCUGGGCAAAUUGGAAGUUCCAUAUUGGGUUCGACGCCCGAGUCGGUCCAAUCAUCUCGCUAGCAUCGAUCUACGAUCUCGAGAGGGGCAAAUAUCGACAGGUACUAUAUAGAGCCUACGUGUCUGAGGUCUUCGUGCCCUAUAUGGACCCAACCGAAGAGUGGUACUACAAGACCUAUUUUGACUCCGGGGAAUUUGGGUUCGGAUUGUCCGCAGUGUCGCUCCAGUCGGGGGUGGAUUGCCCCAAUAAUGCGAUAUUCAUGGACGGAUUCUACGCGGGCCAAGAUGGUACCCCUGUAAAGAUAUCGAAUGUAACUUGUGUAUUUGAAAAGUAUGCAGGAAACAUCAUGUGGCGACACACUGAGAUUGGAAUUUCGGAUGAGACGAUAAGAGAGGUCAGAUCGGACGUGAGCCUGGUGGUAAGGUCGGUGUCUACAGUCGGCAAUUAUGACUACAUUCUUGAUUGGGAAUUCAAGCCAAGUGGAUCAAUCAAAUUUGAGGUCGGACUGACUGGACUGCUAGAAGUCAAGGCCGUGAACUACACUCAGGCAAGUCAGAUAAAAGAGGAUGAAUACGGCACGAUGGUUGGAGCAAACACCAUCGCUACGCACCACGACCACUUCUUGACCUACCAUCUCGACCUCGACGUCGAUGGUGCUCCAAACUCCUUCGUCAAGACCAAUUUGAUCACAAAACCAGUGGCUGAGGAAGGCGUGCCGAGGAAGAGUUACUGGACCGUGUCGAGCAAGACUGCGAGAACUGAGUCGGAGGCGCAGCUGCACUUGGGAUUGGAGCCAUGUGAUCUCAUCGUGGUCAACCCCAACAAGCAAACCAAAGUCGGUAACAACGUCGGGUACCGCCUCAUCCCGGGGCCGAUCGCGAGCACCAUUCUAUUCCGCGAUGAUUACCCGCAGAUCCGCGCCGCUUUCACCAACAACAACUUGUGGGUGACUCCGUACAACAAGAGCGAAAAAUGGGCCGGAGGCCGAUACGUCGAUCAAAGCCGAGGGGAUGAUACAUUAGCUGUUUGGACCAAGAGAAACGAUGAUAUUAGUAUUCAAGGAGGACGAAAAUUACAACCCGUAGAUAGGGCAUCAAUACAUAGCAAAGUCGUUAACGGUGCAGGAGGAAAGGUGGGCCAAGAAAGUGAGAGAGAAUUGCGUGCUUGGGCCUUAGCGGCCCAAUCAGCUGCAGCAUUAGCUUCUCUUCGGCAGUGUUGAAUCCGCAAGCGAGGAAAGGAGAGACGCAGCACAGAAGCAUCUGCAACAAAAGCUCGAAUCUCCCAUGGUGACGAACAGCGAUCAUUGAGGGUUUCCACAAGGGUCAGGCAGUCAGAUUCGAUGAUGAGGUGAUCUUCUUCCUUACCCUGUUCUAGCAAAUAAGUGAGAGUGGAAGUUAGGGCUUGAGCUUCGCAUUGCAGGGCUGAAGACGCAUGAACAGAACUGCUACAUCCGCCGAUCAAAAUACCAGUGUAAUCCCUGAGGACACAUGCGAUUGCACCAGUGUGGGUAUCGGAGGUAAAAGCCCCAUCAAUAUUCGCCUUAAAACUGCCUUGCUCCGGUGGAGUCCAAAGCCAAUUAGGGUUGAGCAAAGCAGAGUCCGUAAUGGCUGUUUGCUGCAGUGAAUUUCGGUAUAGCGUUGCGUCUGCGAGGGCCACAUCGACAAGUUGAUCAGGAGCUGUUCGCUGCUGCCGAAAAAUAAAAUGAUUGCGCGCCUUCCAUAUAUGCCAGAGGAUGGAAGCAACGAUCUCUUUGGAAGAUAAGAUGAUCAGCUGAAGGAGCACGACUUAAUGGGAUAGUAAGUAUCUCCUAACCGAUAUGCUGGUCAAAGUGCUGUUGAAGAAGAGAGAUAUUCCAAACCUGAGUAGGAGGGAUUAUGAAACCAGCAACCAGUUUAGAUUCUGCUCGAGGGGCUGGUCCACCAAUUAUGCCAGAGGAACAGGAAGAUUGAGAAUGAGGACAUUGUCUUGUGGUACACGUUGGGCUUUCAUCACGUUCCUUACCAAGAGGAUUUCCCGAUAAUGCUGACACUGAGCGCCGGUUUCGAGCUCCGGCCGAGCAACUUCUUCGACAGAAACCCGGUGCUCAAAACAAAAUCUCCAAAACCCGUCAUUCUGAGCUGCAAGCCCUAGAGAUGAUCUUUUUCUAAAAUUGGAGUGAUCUUAUCAGAAUCCCUAGAGAUUUUCAAAUUCAAUGUUUUAGCUCAUCCUGGAUGAAGAACAUCAGUGUAGCAAGUUUGCAAAUGUAUGACCUAAGUCAGAGUCUACUUAAACA